AUUCCGGUCAUAAAUUGACUAUGACAUUUGACAGCUACCUACCAUUAAAUAUCAAACGUUCUACAGAUUAAAUAAUAUUUAUUAACAGAUAAAAAAACAUUUUGGUAAGAAAUUUAAAAUAUUGUUCUUAGAAUUUUUAAAUGAAUCCUGUGAAAUAUACCGCAGAAUUCUGUUAUAGAUUUAGCAAACAUGUAUCAUUGAGGUGGGAGGCACUUAAAAAUAAUACAGGAAAUGUUCACAAUAUUUUAAAUAAUGUCUACAGUCUCAAAAUCUCAUAUUAUUUUUCUUCUUACGGAAGUAGCGGGCAGCAGGAAAAGUUCCUUUGGGUAUUAUGUUUAUUUUGUAAUUUGUAUCAUACUAGGUGUUUAAAUGACAAUAAUUAUAUAUAAAUUAUAUAUUCUAGUAAUAUUCCUCCACAGAAUUCUUCCUCAUAAAGUUUAUUGGAGCCCCAUUUAAUCAUUUUUUUUUCAUAGUUCUAUUGAAAUAUUUUAAUUUGUCAUCAGUACCUACCAAGUCAGCACCACUCAGGAUUGAAUGGAAGAUGAUUAGGAGACAUCCAUCUAAAUCUCUAUAAAAUAAACACAUUUGAAAUUAAUAUUUAUAGAGUUAAAUCAAUCAUCUCCUACAUUAUAUAGACAGCCAGUAAGAAUAAUUUAGAAAAAUUCAUUCCCAUAUCCACUAACUGAAAGAACUAAUAAAUAGGAGAGGGAAGAAGAUAAAGUGAAGAUGGCUGUUAUUGGAUCUAUUUCACUUGUGAAGAAAUAUCAUUGUUCUACUCUGACAUCAUUGGUAGAUUUGGAACCAAGAAGCGCGCGGAACACAAUCAAACGAAGUCCCGCAAUACGGCUUUUGGAAGCCGGCGGGAAUCAUAUACGAAGAAUGACUAUUGUGAAAAGUGCAGUGCAGUGUUAUAUAGUGUUAAUUUAGUGAACGGUAGUGCAAAAGGGCGUUACAUAAGGUCGAAAUGAUAGAAAAAGGGAGCCCGCCCUGACGCGUUCAGCGCCGGCGUCCGCGGCGGGCGGCGCUUGUGUCAUGGCCCCGGCGCUCACAGUGGCACCACAAGCGACUCAUUACGACGUGGUCGACGAGACCGAGAAACUAGCCCACCGAAGACGGGCCCUUGCGUCCGUCAAUAACCUCUCGACACACAUGGAGGACGACGAUAUGGGACUCCAGAACCAACCCAGUUUGGCGAAAGAUUCGCAAGAGAUGGAGCAGAUCCUAGUUGAUCUAGGCAGCAGUGAUAUUGUACAAGCUGAUUUACUCCAAGCAAUCAAAACACUGGAAAGUGGUGGUGAUGCAUUAUCUACAGGUGAUCCAGAUGCUAUAUUUCCCUUAUCAGGCUUUGAUUUGGCUGAGACUGUGGACUCUGAAGGUGAUGCGACCGAAGAUAAAAUAAAGUUAUUACAAGCACGGUUAGAGCGUAGAUGUGCGUUUUUGUUGAGGCGAUUGAGAAUACUGCAGGCAAGAUCUUUGGGGAAAAGAAUAGCCGAAGAAGCCACUCAAACAUUUGAGAAAUGUACACGUGGUGCCAGAAGGGAUGGGGGAGGAAGGCCAAUGGGAUUAAAAGCAUUUUUAAAAAGAAUAGAGACUACUUCAGCACUACAGGCAAGUGCAGCAUCAAGAACAGUUGUAGGGCCUAAGUAUUAUAAUCCUGGUACAUCUAAAGGUGAUGUCACAAGGUCAGCCUCCUUGAGCAUCCCGUCAGGGACUCUUACUGGCCUUGAAGAUACAGCAGGAGCCUUACGGUCACAUUUAUCAGUUGUUAAACAUCAAUUGGAUUCUGAUGCAACAGAGUCAUCAUCAGGUGCGGAGAGCAAUGAUGAAGCAGUGUCAUACAACAAUCAACACCAACAACAUAUGCCUAUUGAGAAUCGAGCACUGUGGUCUUGGCAAAGAAAGCGUGCGUCAAUUGCUUCUCGCUGGUGUUGGUUGCAAGCGCAGGUUCAAGAGUUGGAAUACAAGAUACGUCAGCAUAAUGAUCUGCAUAAGCAGGUACGCGAAGCGAAGGGUCGCGUAGAGUUCGAAGGUGAGCCGGUGGGCUACGAAGGGAGCUUGCCCGGUGACGACUCGCCGAGCACCUGUGCCCGAGUGCGACCCCUGCGGAGGGAAACGUUCAAGAAACGUAAACUGCUACAAAUGCACAAUUUACAUCUAGCAACUAAUAAAGCGGCGAAACCGUCGGAUGUAAAGUGCAGCUGCCAGCAUCCGAUAGAGUCGUGCGGGGUGUGCACGGGGCGCGCGGAGGCGACGCAGCCGGCGCCGCCGUUCUGCACGCUCGCGCCGGCGCAGCGACGCGCGCUCGUCGACCCCGCGUACCACCCGGUGUUGAGCGAUGUGCAAGACAUCCCGGCGUCGGUGCACAUGAGCGCGCUGACGUCGCGCCCGUGGUUCCGCGCGCGCUUCAAGUCGUACCGCGGCGCGCACCACGCGGCCCCCGCGCGCCCCGCGCCGCCCAGCGCCGAGCCGCGCGGCGCCAAGAAGCACCCCACACGAUUGAAACGUGGUCGACCGCCUUUAUCCAGGAAAGUUAAAGAGCGUGAUCGGGAUGACGACACUUCUACGUCAGGACAAGAAAGGGGUCGCGGCAGACCGAGUACAGAGUCGCGAGGCUGGCGCCGGCAGUCCUACGACAUUGAUAACAUCGUCAUUCCGCAGAGCAUAGCGGCGAACACGAGACCGGAGAUACUUAUGUAUAAGGAGAUUAUAACACCCAAGUGGCGUGUUAUGGAUAUACCCGUACCGAAAAUGAACAAUGGAGUUUCUAAUUCAAGCCACGCUUUAACAGAAGAGAGUGAUGAGGAGGAUAUAUCUGAAGAGACGGUACAAGAGCGUCACAGGCGCGCGGAGAACGACGAGCGGAACAGAUAUCUACGCAAACAACGCACGAGACGAACAAACACGGAAACGGACCAAUCACAACAGAACACGUCACACGUCAACCAUCAGAGUCAACAGAAUACACAACAGCAACAAAAUAUACAGCAGCAACAGAAUUCACAACAGCAACAGAAUACACAUCAGCAACCGAGGUCGAGAUCACAAGUUCAGUCGCAGGCGCAUUCCCAAGCGCAAAAUGUACAUUCAAACUCUUCGAAUGAUGAGACCGAGAGGCCUUACACGCCUCGACAGUUUCCGCUACCGGACGACAUGUACCAAGACAUGUUAGCAGUAAUGCCGGAGUCCUACCACUUGAGCAGCCCGGAGCCUUCGCCCCCGAGAAUGGAAGAGGAAAUAGAAGAAUCCAGUACAUUAUCACCCAUGUCCCCGCUAGUAUUUGAAGGGGAUGACCCCGAUGAUGGGGAAUGGGACCCCAGUGUCGAGAAAACUGAACGCAGAAAGAGUUCAUUCAGAUAAUAUUAGUAGUAGACGAGAUUUUAAGUUUUUAAUCUUAAUUCUUAUACAGAAGUUUGUUUUGGGUUUGGUUCUAAGAUAUUAUACUAUAAAUUACAGUUUGAUACUUUAUUAAUUUCCAAUGGAAUAAAAGGUUUAUUGGGUUGGUGGACCUAUUUGCAUGCAAUUUUAUUGGGUUUUUAGUUAUCUAAACAGAUACGCAAAUCAUUUCAGCUUUUAUAUCAUUUACGUUUAUUACAUGAUUUGAUGAGAUAACGAAAUGAAGCUUUUUUUCCAAAUUUGUUUAUGUUUUGAGUUUAAGUUUUAACAUAGCUUUAAUGUUAAGGUGUAAGAGGUUAACUUAUGUAAAUUUUUAAUUAAUGUAAAUUUAUCGAAUCUGUUAGACAAGGUGUACCCUUACAUUCCUUAGUUCCGAUGUAAAUAAACUUGUAUAUUUUUAACAUAAUAUUAUUGAGGAGGGAUGCCUUUUAGUGAAAAAUUUGCAUUUUGGUUUUAUAUUUUUCUAGUGAGCUCUAUUAAACAUUACUUAAAAUAAUAAGAGUGUAAGUUAUCAUUAUUAAGGUACAAUUUACUUGCAAGUUAUAAUAAAAUCACUUGAAUGUAUAGACUAUAGAUUAAAGACAUUUAAUAUUCUUUUUUUUAAUUUUGCAUUUGGAGCUUAAAGUAUUUUUUCCGUUGAGCUAUAUUAUGGAAUUACAUAAAUUUACUUACAAUUACAGCGUUUUUGCCAAUAGCCUUUGAAAUUAUAAUUUUAAGUUGAUGAUAGUUUAGUGUUUUCCCCACAGCCUCUGUAAUUGAGUGUUAAAGAAAGUAUUAAGAAUUAUUAGAUGGUAUAUAAUAUAAAGUUGUAAGCGCCCGGAACGCAAAGCGAUGUAAAUAUGUAAUCGGGCACUGGAGGCAACUAAUAGACUGGUUAUAAUAAUUUGAAUCUCUAAGAGAGUUCAUUUCACACUUGCGCUCAGUUACUUCAAUUACCUACUUACACACGGUUCAUGUAGACACAUUUCAAAUCAUUUUGUAAAUAUAAUAAUUCACCUCGCUUUUAGUAUGUACAUAAGUUUUUCAUUUCAUUUUCCUAUGUGAUAGUCACAUGUUUAGUACAAGAUUUAAGGGACAGUUAAUAAAAACACUUAUAUGUACCAUAAAUCAAAUUUAUAUUUCUGUUUGAUUAAACGAAAUUUUCAACUAUACUUUACUAAUUUCCUUUAACAACAUAAAGGACAGUUUCUCAGCCAAUAUUUGCAUUUGUUAAAAAAGUUUUGAGUAAGAUGAAGUGUUAUUUUUAAUGUCUUAUAUUAAUCGUUUGAAAAGAAGCCAAAGUCUUCUUGUUAGUUAGAUUGUAAGUUAGUUAAGAAUUAAGAUGGAUUGAAGAUGAACGCUUGAAAAUGUUGUAUAUAUUUAGUAUGCAGAAUAAAAUUUUAUUGAUAAAACA